AUGGCGACACUGAGUGUUCUCGCGUUUGAGCCUGACGGUCGCCCGAUAGAGUUUGCCACUUGGCUUGACGACCUGCAGCUGUUUCUCAUGACGGAUGCCAAAGACGGCGUUUCACUGUUCGAUCACGCUUCUGGCACUGCCGCUGCUCCUGCUGACAGUGCUCCUGCUCUUGACCGCUCACAGUGGCAGACUCGCGAUGCUGCUGCGCGCCUCGCUAUCCGCAACCACCUGCCGAUCACUGAGCGCGCGCAUUUUAGUCAGCACAAGACUGCUAAGGCGCUGUAUGACGCUGUAGUUGCGCGCUAUUCCUCCCCAGCCACUGCAGCCGUAGGACGUCUCAUCCUGCCCUACCUGUUCCCCGACCUGUCCUCGUUUACCACCGCUGAGGACCUCAUCUCUCACCUCCGCGCUAGUGACGCCCGCUUUCGUUACGAGUUCCUAGCCACGAACACCCCCCCGUUGUACUUUACCCUCUACAUCCUCGUCACCCGCCUCCCUGACACUCUUAGCUCGGUCAGGGACCAUUUCCUCGCCAAAGACCCUACCACUAUCACUCUAGCAGACUUCAAGGAGCAGCUCCUAGCAGCAGAGAAGAACAUCCUCGCUGUAGGUGCUACCCGUGGCACUCCUCGCACUCCCCUCUUUGAGGGGUGCUCCCCCUCCCCUCUUGCCCCCUCCCACACCUCAGCUGCUGCUGCAGUCGACCUCCUCGGUGCUGAGAAGGUCGCAGCGGCUUCCGCUCCUAGUGGGAAGCGCGGCGGUGGCAGGGGCGGCAAGGGUGGCAGGGGUGGUGGAGGUGGCGGUGGAGGGAGCGGUGGUGGAGGCGGCGGGGGUGGUGGAGGUGGUAGGGGUGGUCGUGGGGGUGGAGGAGGUGGGUGGGGCGGCGGUGGGACCGGGAGUGGUGGAGGUGGCAGCGGCGGUAGUGGGGGAGGAGGCAGUAGUGGUGGCGGUGGAGGUGGGGGCGGGAGUGGGACCGGCCAGAAGGGGAGCUCCAGUGGGGGCCUGCAGCAGCCGCAGCAGCAGCAGCAGCGCCAGACCCCCUCUUCUCAGCAGCUCCAUGACUGGUAUGCCGGGCGUGGGGCGUCUAGGGGUCCUGGUUGCUGCCCCUAUGUUAUUCUCACUGGCCUCCGCAAGGGUCGCCCAUGCAACGGCUUUCACACUGAGUACCGCUGCUUUGCUCGGCUCAGCGACGCCUGGCGCGCCAAGUUUCCUGAUGCCACUGAGUUCCCCAACUGGGCAGACCUGCUUAGGCGUGAUGUACCUAUCUAUGAUCUUGACUAUGAUGCAAUCCUUGCUACCAUGUAUGCAUUGACUGUUAGUGCUGAGGGUGAUUGUUACUUGUGUGUCCCGCCUGACCCAGGUAUAGAGACUACAACCCUAGGUGCUAGUGAGUCUGCCCUCUCUGGUACUGCGUCAGCUCAGGCCUUGCACACGUUUACACUUGACUCUGGUGCUUCUCGCUGUUUCUUUUGUGACAGUACCACCGUCACCCCCCUCCCUGCACCUGUCCCUGUCUCACUGGCUGACCCCUCUGGGGGCCCGGUGCUUGCACGAGCCUCGACUGUGCUUCUGUGCCCGGCGGUCCCGUGUGGUGAGCUGUCAGGUCUCCACUUUCCCUCGUUCUCUACAAACCUGGUGAGCAACGCCGUCCUUCAGGAUCACUGGGUUGACACCUGGACUCCUGGAGGGCAGCGUGUGGCGAUCUGCACUUGCUCUCGGACUGGCCGCCACCUGGCCACGUUCACUCGUGAGCCGGGGUCCAGUCUGUACACCCUCACCACUGUUUCACGCUACACCCCUUUGUCUCCACAGCUGUACGUGUCUGCUCAGGUAGCUACCCAGUGUGAGUGUCGCCGCCUGUCGCACGACACUCUCCUGUGGCACCACCGCCUUGGUCACCCCUCCCUGCCUCGCCUUCUUAGCAUGCACUCUCGCUUCCUGGUCUCUGGUCUUCCCAGGUCUCUGCCUGCCCUCCCUCCCUCACCUGCGCCGCCCUGCAUUCCUUGCGUCAAGGGGCGGCAGCGCGCCGCUCCUCACUCCUCCUCGUUCCCUCCCACAGAGGCUCCACUGCAGACUCUCCACCUGGACGUGUGGGGCCCCGCCCGCGUCCAGGGGCACGGCCGCGAGCGGUACUUCCUGCUGGUUGUCGACGACUACACACGCUACACCACGGUCUUCCCCUUGCAGCGCAAGGGUCAGGUCCCUGAUGUUCUGAUCCCCUGGAUCCGUGCUGUUCGUCUCCAGCUCCGCGAGCGGUUCCAGUCGGACUUUCCUGUCCUGCGUCUGCACUCUGACAGAGGUGGUGAGUUCUCCUCCGACCUCUUGGCAGCCUUCUGUGCGGAGCACGGCAUCCGCCAGACGUUCACGCUUCCGGCCUCUCCGCAGCAGAAUGGGGUUGCUGAGCGCCGCAUUGGCUUAGUCAUGGAGGUUGCUCGUACCUCCAUGAUCCAUGCGGCUGCCCCCCAUUUUUUGUGGCCGUUUGCGGUCCGGUACGCUGUGCAUCAGCUCAACCUCUGGCCCCGUGUCUCCUUGCCGGAGACCUCGCCCACACUGCUGUGGACGGGGGAGGUUGGCGAUGCGUCGCGUUUCCGGUUUUACGACCCCGCCUCGCGCCGUGUCUUUGCAUCUCAGGACGUCACCUUUGACGAGUCCGUUCCCUUCUACCGUCUCUUUCCCUACCGUACUUCCCCUCGCACCCCCCCGCCGCUCUUCCUCGCUCCAGGUCCUCCCCAGGUAGACCCCCUUCCCGCGCCAGGUCCUGCUCCUUCAGGUGUUUCUCAGGUAGACCCUCCCGUGCCUGCACCUGUUGAGGUCACUGGUGACUCCGGUCCUGUUGGGGGUGGUGCUGUCUCUGGGGGUGCUGGUCCUUGGGGUGCGGAGCCUGGGGGUGCUGAGCUUGGAGGUGCGGAGCCUGGGGGUGCGGAGCUUGUGGGUGCUGAGCCUGGGGGUGCGGAGCCUGAGCGUGAGGAGCCUGGGGGUGCUGAGACUGGGGGUGCGGAGUCUGGGGGCGCUGCGCCUGAGCGUGAGGAGCCCGAGGGUGCGGAGCCUGGCGGUGCUGCGUCUAGCGUGAGGAGACUGGAGACGCCUGAGGGUGCUGAAACUGCUGGUGCGCGGUCUCCUUGGAGUGGCCGCCUUCGUCCGCGUGUGCCUCUCACCUCCCAGCAGCUGCACGACUGGUACGGUCGCCGUCAUGGCCGCGCUGCUGGAGCUUGGAGUUCUGCCGCUGGAGGUGCUUCUAUGGACGUCCCUGGUCCCGGAGGUGCUCGUACUGGAGGUACUGGAGCUGCUGGGGCUAGAGGCGUUGUGCUUAUGGGUGCUGCUGCUGGAGACACUGAGGCUGGAGACCUUGGGACUGGAGGUACCGGUUCUGGGGGUGCUUCUGCUGGUGGAGCUGGUCCUGGCGGAGCUGGCACUGGGGGUUCUGGAGCUGCUGGAGUUGCUGGAGCUGCUGGAGUCUAG